AAGAGCUCAAGUCAAGCCCAAGUACCGAGUCCAAAAGGCCAUGCGGGCGUCCCUGGUCCUCGCCUUUGCCGCCGCCGCAGUCGCGUCGGCCGCGCCGUUCUCGCUGCCGGAGCUCACGAGCGCCGGCGGCUACGGCUACGUGCGCAGCCCCGACCGCUCCGUGGAGCUCACGUCCCCGCGGCCGCACGACGUGCUGGACGUGGCCAAGCUGCCCAAGAACUUCGACUGGCGCAACGUCAACGGCACCAACUACGUGACCAUCUCGCGCAACCAGCACAUCCCGCACUACUGCGGCUCCUGCUGGUCCUUCGCGGCGACGUCGGCGCUGGCGGACCGCAUCAUGAUCGCCAAGGAGCGCAGCCCAAGCAACAAGCCGUCGGUGGAGGUGCACCGCGAGGUGGUGCUGUCUCCGCAGGUCAUCUUGAACUGCGACAAGAAGGACAACGGCUGCCACGGCGGCGACCAACUGGAGGCCUACCGCUACAUCAAGAAGAACGGCGUGCCCGAGGAGGGAUGCCAGAGGUACGCGGCCACGGGCCACGACACGGGCAACACGUGCACGGACAUGGACAUCUGCGAGAACUGCCUGCCCUCCAAGGGCUGCUUCCCGCAGAAGACGUACGACAAGUACUAUGUGUCCGAGUACGGCACCACGCUGGGCGAGCAGCAGAUGAUGGCGGAGAUCUACGCGCGCGGACCCAUCGCGUGCAGCGUCGCGGUGACUGACGGGUUCCUCAAGUACUCGGGAGGGAUCUUUGACGACAAGACCAACGCCACGGAGACGGACCACGCGAUCUCCAUUGUGGGCUGGGGCGAGGAGGACGGUGUGCCCUUCUGGGUCCUGCGCAACAGUUGGGGAAGCUUCUGGGGCGAAGAUGGCUGGAUGCGCCUGGUACGUGGAGUGAACAACGUCGGCGUGGAGGGCGAGUGCGCCUUUGGGGUCCCCAAGGACGACGGUUGGCCGACUCCUACCAAGAUUGAGGAGGAGGAACCAGUGCAAGAAGAGGAAGAGAAGAAGGAUGUCGUGGAAAAUACCGAGGAGGACACGUCGGUGGAAUCGAAGCUUGGUGGCUGUCGCCAAAAGCUGCAUUUCGCUGGUGGUGAGCGCGUUAUCUCGCCGCUGCCUCACGAGACCAUUGAUGUCAAGGACCUGCCCAAGGCUUGGGACUGGCGCGAUGUGAAUGGCAGGAACUUUGUCACUUGGGACAAGAACCAGCACAUUCCGCAGUACUGUGGAAGCUGCUGGGCUCAGGGCACGACCAGCGCCCUAUCGGAUCGGAUCUCCAUCCUGAGAAACGCUUCGUGGCCUGAAAUUGCGCUGUCGCCGCAGGUCCUCAUCAACUGCCACGCUGGUGGCACCUGCAAUGGUGGCAACCCUGGUUUAGUGUACGAGUAUGCGCACCGCCACGGCAUCCCCGACCAGACGUGCCAAGCUUAUCAGGCGAAGAACCUCCAGUGCGACCAGUUCGCCAUUUGCGAGACGUGCUGGCCGUCGAAGGAGUCGUUUACCCCUGGUGUGUGCGAACCCAUCAAGAAGUUCGCCAAGUACUACGUCUCUGAGUACGGUUCGGUGAGCGGUGCUGACCGCAUGAAGGCCGAGAUCUACAAGCGCGGUCCCAUCGGCUGCGGCGUGCACGCCACGGAGAAGUUCGAGGCGUACACGGGCGGCAUCUACUCGGAGCACGUCAUGUUCCCACUGAUCAACCACGAGAUCUCUGUGGCUGGCUGGGGCUACGACGAGGAGACGGACACGGAAUACUGGAUUGGACGCAACUCGUGGGGGACGUACUGGGGCGAGAACGGCUGGUUCCGCAUCCAAAUGCACCACAACAACCUCGGCAUCGAGCAGGACUGCGACUGGGGUGUACCGCUCCCGGACGGCUCCAAGCCCGACGACUUCGUCAUCACUGUCGACUACGAAGGCAACGAGGAGGGACAGGCGACGGCGAGAAACUUCCUCCACGUGAGCGGCGGCGCCAACUGAUCAAGACAAGACAAGACAAGACAAGACAAGACAAGACAAGAGAGACUUUGGGCGUGUGCAUACAUGUACAUACCAUAUCCUGCCAGGUUGAAGUCGUUUUAUCAUCGAUACUAAUUGGCGAAAAAAUAACGUAAAAAUACGAAACCAGUAUCAGCAACGGACAAUCUUGA